GCGCGCAGCCACAGCAUCAGGCAGCAGCGGCGGCGGCGGCGGCGGCAGCGGCAGCAGCAGCUGUAGCGGCGGGUCGCGUCGAUGUUGGUGCCGUCCGCCCGGGCCGCCCCCUGAGCACCCAGAGCCUGGCCAUGGCGGAACGCGGAGGGGCCGGUGGCGGCUCGGCAACGGCCGGGGCCGGGGCCGGGGGCACAGGGCCCCGGGGCCCCGGGGCCGCCCAGUCCCCGCCACCGACGCCGCCCCAGGCCCCGCAGACCCCGGCCCCGGCCGUAGCCCCCGUCGCCUCGGUUUCGUCCUCCACGUCGGCAGCCGCCUCGGCCUCGUCCACCGCGGCCGCCGGGCCCGGGGCCUCGGGCCCCGCCGCCCCCGGCCCUGGCUCGGCCGCCCCCGGCCGCCCCCCGGGCCCCGCGCCUGCCCCGGUGCAGAUGAACCUGUACGCCACCUGGGAGGUGGACCGCAGCUCUGCCAGCUGCGUGCCCAGGCUGUUCAACCUGACCCUGAAGAAACUCGUCAUGCUCAAGGAAAUGGACAAAGACUUGAAUUCAGUGGUCAUUGCGGUGAAGCUGCAGGGCUCAAAAAGGAUACUUCGGUCCAAUGAGAUCCUUCUUCCAGCUGGCGGCCUGGCAGAGACGGAGCUUCAGCUAACCUUCUCUCUCCAGUACCCGCACUUCCUUAAGCGCGAUGCCAAUAAGCUGCAGAUCAUGCUGCAAAGGAGAAAGCGUUACAAGAACCGCACGAUCCUUGGCUACAAGACGCUGGCCAUGGGGCUGAUCAACAUGGCCGAGGUCAUGCAGCAUCCCAGCGAAGGGGCCCUGGUGCUGGGCCUGCACAGCAGCGUGAAGGACGUCUCCAUCCCUGUGGCUGAAAUCAAGAUCUACUCCCUGUCAAGCCAGCCCAUCGACCAAGAGGGAAUCAAGGCUAAGCUGUCGGACCGUUCUCCUGAUAUCGAUAACUACUCUGAAGAGGAGGAAGAGAGCUUCUCAUCAGAGCAGGAAGGGAGCGAUGACCCUUUACAUGGGCAGGACUUGUUCUACGAGGACGAGGACCUGCGCAAAGUGAAAAAGACCAGGAGGAAACUCACCUCUGCCUCGGCCAUCACCAGGCAACCCAACAUCAAACAGAAGUUCGUAGCCCUGCUGAAGCGGUUUAAAGUUUCCGAUGAGGUGGGCUUUGGGCUGGAGCACGUCUCGAGAGAGCAGAUCCGGGAAGUGGAAGAGGACCUGGACGAGCUGUACGACAGUCUGGAGAUGUACAACCCCAGUGACAGUGGCCCUGAGAUGGAAGAGACAGAAAGCGUCCUGAGCACGCCCAAGCCCAAGCUCAAGCCCUUCUUUGAAGGAAUGUCUCAGUCCAGCUCCCAGACGGAGAUUGGCAGCCUCAAUAGCAAAGGCAGCCUGGGAAAGGAUGCCACCAGCCCCAUGGAAUUGUCUGCUCUGGACAGAGUCAAAGCAACUUCUUGGAUCAAAAACCCAGAUGACAAUCUGCCUGAGAUCGACCCUCUGGACAUCAGUGACCAGGACAUGUUUGGAGACAGCAGCACCACUCUCGUUGUGCCCGAGAAAGUCAAAACUCCCAUGAAGUCUGGCAAGACAGAUCUCCAGGGCUCCGCGUCCCCCAGUAAAAUGGAUGGGGGGCAGACGCCCCGGCAGAAGAGGAGCACCCCUCUGAAGGAGCGGCAGCUCUCCAAGCCCCUGAGCGAGAGGACCAACAGUUCAGACAGCGAGAGGUCCCCUGACCUCGGCCACAGCACACAGAUCCCAAGGAAGGCGGUAUACGACCAGCUGAAUCAGAUCCUGGUGUCCGACGCAGCCCUCCCAGAAAACGUCAUCCUAGUAAACACUGCGGACUGGCAGGGCCAGUAUGUGGCAGAGCUGCUCCAGGACCAGCGGAGGCCUGUGGUGUGCACGUGUUCCACGGUGGAAGUCCAAGCUGUGCUGUCUGCCCUGCUCACCCGAAUCCAGAGAUACUGUAACUGUAAUUCCUCGAUGCCAAGGCCCGUGAAGGUGGUGGCUGUGGGCGGGCAGAGCUACCUGAGCUCCAUCCUCCGCUUCUUCGUCAAGGCCUUGGCCAACAAGACCUCCGACUGGCUGGGUUACAUGCGAUUCCUCAUCGUCCCGCUUGGUUCUCACCCUGUUGCCAAGUACAUGGGCUCAGUGGAUAGCAGGUACAGCAGCGCCUUCCUCGAUCCCGCCUGGAGGGACUUAUUCAGUCGCUCGGAGCCCCCCGUUUCAGAGUCGCUGGACGUGGUGGGCCGAGUGAUGCAGUACGUAAGCGGGGCUGGCGUGACGCACCAGCUGCCCGUGGCGGAGGCCAUGCUGACCUGCAGGCACAAAUUCCAAGAUGAAGACUCUUACCAGAAGUUCAUCCCCUUCAUCGGGGUAGUCAAAGUGGGCCUGGUGGAAGACUCCCCCCUGACCGCAGGUGAUGGCGAUGACACCCCUGUGGUCAGCCUCACUGUCCCCUCCACGUCCCCGCCUUCCAGCUCUGGCCUGAGUCGGGACGCGUCCGCCACACCCCCUUCUUCCCCCUCCAUGAGCAGCACCCUGGCUGUGGUUGGGAGUCCCAACAGCCCGUACGGGGAUGUCAUCGGCCUGCAGGUCGACUACUGGCUGGCCCACCCCGGGGAGCGGCGCAGGGAAGGCGAGAAGAGGGACACGAGCUCCAAGAACACCCUCAAGAGUGUCUUCCGCUCGGUGCAGGUGUCUCGGCUGCCCCAUGGCAGCGAGGGGCAGCUCUCUGGCACCAUGGCCAUGACGGUGGUCACCAAGGAGAAGAACAAGAAAGUGCCCACCAUCUUCCUGAGCAAGAAGCCUCGAGAGAAGGAGAUGGACUCCAAGAGCCAGGUCAUCGAAGGCAUCAGCCGCCUCAUUUGCUCAGCCAAGCAGCAGCAGACCAUGCUAAGAGUGUCCAUCGACGGUGUGGAAUGGAGUGACAUCAAGUUUUUCCAGCUGGCUGCUCAGUGGCCCACCCACGUCAAGCAUUUCCCAGUGGGCCUGUUCAGCAGUAGCAAGCCUACCUGACUGCCCUGCCUCCUGGCCGAGGACCCCACUGUUCUCCCUUCGUGUCAUCUGCUGGUUUGGGGCACCUCCUGUGGGAGCGGUGCCGGCAGGCCUGGGGCCCGCAGGUCCCCUUCCCUUGCACUGGGGUCUACCUCUUCCCUUGCCCAAUCCCGAGGGACACUGCCACUGGGGAAGUUGGUCACUCCCCCCACCCCCGUCUCCCCUCCUUCCUCUCUAGGGCCCUGAGCCUUGUUCUCGGGCACCCAUCAGUCACUGGAAUUUAAGCAAACUCUUACAGGGGACCCCUUUGUUGGACCCCUCCCCUCCCCCCCGGAGCCCAAGUCCACCGAGGGACAGACCCUUCCUGUCCCCUGCUUGGUUUCCAGCCUCCCCGCAUUUAAGGCCACCAAGGUCUCUAGAAGUCUUGUUCUGGCUCCUUCCUGGUGAGGGGCACCCAUGGGUCCCCAGCUGCUGGUUAGGAGUUAGUUCAACCCCCCCAUCCCCACCCCAGGAAUGUCAUCUCCGUCUCAAGUGGGUUCGGCUUUCCCGAGGGGGACAGCAGGGGUGGCCUGAAGCCAAAGGGACAAAGCCGGCCGGCCGGCCGGCCAGCAUGAAAGGGGCAGUCGGGGCGGCCCAGCGAAGCUCCCCGUCUCCUGGCUAGCUGGGCACGGUAGGGAAGGGCCCCUCAGUCCCCGGGCCCCUCCCCCAGGGGCCCUGCCCAGCAUCCCCGCUGUCCCUGGACAUGUCUUGUCGAUGUUGUGCGUGUGUCUUUGAGAACUCGUGGGCUUCUGCCCCCGCCACCCCGCUCCGGCCUGCUCUCUCCUCCUCGUUCGCUGUGACUCCCCGUGUGCCAGGCCCUGCCCCCUCCGGCCUCUCUGCUCCCGCCCCGGCCCCUGUCCCUCUACGGGCAGCCUCCCAGAUCAGGCGAGCCCGCUCGGAUCCCUCCACCUGUGUCCGUGGCCCAGCCCGCCUCCGUCCUCCUCAUGGCGAACGCCCGCAUCCGAGCCCUAGCUUCGCCCUCUCCCUCCCCGGAGAGGGGGGAUUGAACUCCGGGUGCCAGGGCUGCGGGCCUCGGGCCUGCCCGCUGGGACCCCUUCCUGCCCCCGAGCUCGUCCCCGUCCCAGAGGCCUCCCCCUUCCGAGCCCUCCUGUGCCCGGGCCUGUCACUCAGUCCUGCUGUCCAAAGCACCUUGCCUGGGCUCAGCUGCUCUCUUGGUCGGCCCGGGGUGGGGGGAGUUGCUGUUGGAUUUUUCAUUCAAUAAACUGGUGGUUUCUUACCA